AUGCCAGCCGUGUCACCGUUCCAGACGCCAGUGGGACAACAACAUCGGAACAACCACAACAUCUGGAACAACGACUGGUGGUACAACAAAGACGUCUGGAACAACGACUGGUGGUACAACAACAACGUCUGGAACAACAACCAGUGGGACAACAACAUCCGGAACAACCACAGCAUCUGGAACAACGACUGUUGGUACAACAACGACAUCUGGAACAACAACCAGUGGUACAACAACGACGUCUGGAACAACAACCAGUGUGGUACGACAACGUCAGGAACAAUCCUCACUAAGUGGUACAACAACAAAAUACGCAACAACGACCUCAGGAACAACCAGCGCAACAACGUCGGGAACAACGACCAGUGCUACAACGUCAGCAACAACCAGUGGAACAACUUCAGGAACUACAACCAGUGCUACAACCAGCGGCACCACGACAGGAACAACGUCAACAUCAACGUCAACUACUACUGCGGAGGGUACAGGUCUUUCGGAACAACGGAAGCCACAACAACGACUACCAAAGCCACAACGAGGCCACAUUAUGCAGGUAUUUACAAUAAGCCGUAG